GCAGAUGCAGCUAGACCGUGGACCGUGGAUGGAAGAGCACGCUUGUUUGAAAUUGAAAAGCAUCGUGGUAGCUUUUUAUAAAGAAGACGUCAAGACGAAGCAGCUGCACUGUUGAGCGCUACAUCCCGAGGGGUUCGUGCUGAUUGUACGGAGAUUGUGACAGUCGGUUAAAUGGCGUCCCUUGAGAAGGCAAGAACAAUAUUUGUAAUAGCGUUCAGCAGACAGGACUUGCAUAAACCUUGGCGUUUACCGGGCAGAAGUUUCCACAUAUCCAGAAAAAAGUGAGUUUGUUGUCAAAGUUGAGCUAAAGGAGAAUCCGAGAUGUGUGCUGCUGUCUACGUGUUGUCUACGUUGAUGGGGUAUGUGCUCACCUCUGCCUUGUUACUGAAAUGCCCAACACUGCUGCAUCGGCGGAAGAGAGAGCCAUUCCUGAGCAGACACAUAUCCCAUCGUGGAGGGGCAGGUGAAAACCUGGAGAACACCAUGGCAGCUUUCAAGCAUGCAGUGGACCUUGGCACUGACAUGCUGGAGCUGGACUGUCACAUGACCAAGGACGAGCAGGUGGUCGUGUCACACGAUGCCAACCUGGAGAGGUCGACUGGCAUCAGUGCCUACAUCGCUGACGUGGCCUACGCCGAUCUGCCUCCUUACUUGUGCAAGCUUGGUGUGACUUUCCAGAGAGAAUGCGUCUGUGAGGGAGGGGAGGACAAACGCAUUCCUCUUCUCAGGGAUGUGUUUGAGGCUUUCCCUAAGACCCCUGUCAACAUUGACAUCAAGGUCAACAAUGACACCCUUAUCAAGAAGGUCUCAGAGCUGGUUGUGAAGUAUGACAGAGAACACAUCACUGUUUGGGGCAACUCUAGCAACCAGAUUGUGCAGAAGUGUUACAAGGAGAACCCUCGUAUCCCAGUGCUGUUCAGCAUGCGCAGGGUUCUAAUGCUGGUGGGGCUCUUCUACACCGGCCUUCUGCCAUUUGUGCCCCUCAAAGAGCAGUUCCUGGAGAUCCCCAUGCCCUCCAUCGUCACUAAACAUCUUAUGAGGGAUCCUGAUAAGAUGACCAGGAGUCAGCAUGUCAUCACCUGGCUGGCAGAUACCCUGCUGAUGAGAAGAGCUCUGUUCAAUCACCUAACAGCAAGGGGAAUACAAGUUUAUGUCUGGGUGCUGAAUGAUGAGAAGGACUUUAAGAGAGCCUUUGACCUGGGAGCCACAGGGGUCAUGACAGACUUCCCCACAAAGCUGAGGGACUUCAUGGAGAAGAAUGGCACUGCUAAAUCACUAAAUAAACUAAAGACUGAAUGAUCUGCCGAAGUUGCCACUUCCCCACCACUAAAGCCAACUGACCUGUCAAACUAUCUCCAGACUCCAUGUAGAUACAGUAUUGUUUGAACACCAGCACAGGCAGCUAAGAUUAUUUGGCCUUUGUCCUGCAUGUCAACUGGGCAAUAAGCCUUUUUAGUGUAUCUACUUUUACAGUAAGGUUUUAUUGUUCGAUUUAAUUUAACAUGGUCAGUUCAGAUGUUAAUUGUAGUUGAGGGAUAUUUGAUCAAUAAGUGGUUCAAUAUUCAAGUGUGUUUUGUAUUUUGCUGUUUGACAGAUAAUGCACACAUCUGUCUUAUUCAAGACUUUGUGCUAUAAUGCCAACUCCAUUGCUCAUAGUUGAGCCUAACAUGGCAUGACAAUGAGUGAAAAGGAGUUGGCAUGAUAGCACAAAGACUGGCAUUUACAAUUAGUCUUGAAUUUAUGUAAUAGUAAAGUGAUAAAUAUUUUCACCUGGAGAAUCAGUAGAAUUUUAAGUGUUUUAUAUUUUGCAAUUUUAUAGCUACGUUUUUUAAUUUAAAUAUUGAUUGGAAAAUUGUAUUGAAAUAUGAAAUACAUUUGAAGUUUGGUCGUGCUGUAAAGAGAACUCUCCAGAAAAAUGCAUAGAUUUGUAUAAAACACGGGAAAGGGAUAGAUGUUAUUACAGAAUGAAGCCAUAGACAUGGAAAAUGUAUGACAAUUGACAAGUCAGUGUUAGAAUGAUUAAAGUGAUUUUUCUGAA